AAUAAAUUCAUAACUUGCCAUAUAAUUUAAUUUGCUGCCGAACAAAUUCAACAUUGCUGAAACUAAAGAAGUGAGAGGGAUUGAUACGAUUUCUAGAUUUGAUCAGAAAUAUACCAAAAUGGUAGCAGACAGUGAUUGGGUCGUUGAUAUUGAAACAGCUAGAAAGGAAUGUGACGGUGACCCAAGAAAUGAGCAGGUGAUGGAUAGAGAAAGGGUCAAGAAUGUGCUUAGAUCGCUAGGAUUGAGAAUGAGUUUUAAAGGGCCGGAUGAGGGUGAAGAUAGUAGUGAAUUUAUUAAGAAUUUAGUGAAAAGUAGUGAAGAUGAAUGCAAUGACAUAGAGUCACCGUCGAUUAGCUGUAAAUCCAAAGGAGAAAAAAAGGAGCACAAUCUGCAUAUGCCUCUAGUUAUAGGAAGAACACAGUCCAAAGACAAGCAUAAAAACAAAAACUCAAAGAAACCACCCCGGCCACGUAAAGGCCCAUCAUUAUCUACAAAUGAUUUGCGGUUAGUUAAAGAGGUUUCUGAACUAGUUAUGAAAAAACGGGCAAGGCUUGAACGUUUGAAAUCUUUGAAGAAAGCAAAAGCGUUAGCAAGUAGACCGCCAUCAUCAACUACAUCAAACAUCAGUCUAUUUUCUAUGAUCAUCACCAUUCUAUUUUUCAUUGUCAUAAUCAUCCAAGUUUUUGGUUCAAGUAAAACUUCAACAUCGACUUUCCAUGAGAAGCCCGAGCCAUCAACACAAACUACAAGUGGUUUAGAUUUCUCCUAAUUUGGCUAUGAUCCCAGGCUUAGGGUUUAAUGACCAAAAACACACUUCUUUUCUGGUGGCCAAAUCUUUUGUACGUCACAAGACUAGUUGUUUUAGUUGCUAACUUAGUAGGAUUAUCUUUAUUGUUCACUAACUAAAACACCAAUGAUAAAAUCUGUUCUGUUUCGGCCAUAUUGACAUUUGUUUAAUCACGUUUAAAUCUUUUUAGCAGCAACUCAAAAAUGAUCUAAUUAUUGAGUUCUAAUACUUCAUUUUGGUAGCAUAAAACAAGAUCAAGCAUAGGU